AUGCUGCACGCGUUUCUUAAGGAACAUAAGGUUGACUGGUCGAAAGUGAUUUUCAACAACCUUGUACAUGUCAUCACUUUCAACAGAGCGUGUCCUGGUGAUAUUGCGAAGAAGAUGGGCUAUGGAUUUCUGAAGAAAGGGAAAAGCUCGUCUCGGGCUAAGACGAAAAAGGACGUUGGCAAGACACCCAUUCCCACAUCUCCAAGGACUCCAGCAGAAAAGACAACUCCACCUAUUCCCACUCCAGAACCCGUUGUUGUGGAAGAUUCAUCGGAUGAAGAUAAUUUGGUGCUGUCCACUCUCGGGAAGACAGGACGAUUUCGUUCUCCUGUCAAGACGAAAACUGGCCAAACUCUCUCCCCGAAGGCAGAUGAUAACCCGAGAGAAGCAAUCUCUCAGGGGGAAGAAAACACGAAAGAAAUAUCUUCUCAGGGGGAAGAUCAGCCGAAAGAAUCCUCCCAAGAAAAAUUUUCUGAACGACAAAUGGUCGAUUUUGACCAAAGUUCUCCUCAAGACCUCCAACCACAAGAACCCAUUUCAGCAGAGCGAAAUCUUCCAUGUUCGACACAAGAACCUGCUGCUAUGGAUAUGGAGGCCGGUCACUUAAGUCUUCCACAAAAACCUGGCUCGCCAGCAAAGACGAAAGAAGUGACUGCUGAAUUGAAUGAAGUUCCAUCUUUCCCACAAAAACCUACCCCUGCAGAGCAGGUAACGAAUGCUCUGACACAAGAACCUGCAUUGGUAGAAGAGAAUGCAAAUGUGAUAGUUGAGACUCCUGUUGUCCCGAAAGCACCAGCACCUGUCCCCGAAGCUACACCAAGACCUCCAACGAGAGAUCAAGUGCUUCGUGAAUCAAUUGAGAAUGACUACAAGAGGGUGCUGCAAUGGCAAAAAUGGCGCACAGCCCCUUUGGAAACUUUCAUCGAGACCUUUGAAGCUAUGAAGGAUGAGGUGAAGUUCGCAUUAGAGUGGAUUGGCACAAAGGAUGUCUAUGAAGCACUAUGUCUUAAAACAAUAAGACGAGUAUACUCGUAUAAAGUGACCAAUCACACCCUUGGGAAAGAUAAGGCCCCAGUCUGUAUUGAGCUGAACAAACCACCCUUGGAUCCACCAUUUGUUGAGGAAAUGAAGGAUGAGUACGGUCGAGAAAUUGACACGGCCAUUGAGGACGAAAAGACUGAUAGCGACAAAAGUGAAAACGAUGACGAAGAUGAAGAUGAAGAAGACAAUGUUGAGGAUGCAGAUGAUGAAAAUGAUGAUGAUGACGACGAUGAUGAUUCGGGAAAUGAUAACAAUAACAGGGCUGACCCGGACUAUGACAGUUUAUCCCCUCUCUUGGUAGGUCCGGACUGCAAUGAAGUGAUCCCCGAAAGAUCUCCAUCUCACGCAUCAUCCUCCAAAAGUGAUGACAAAAGGGAAGCAUCACUCCAACCUGAAGACGUUUCAAAUGAUCAUCUUGAGGAUCUGUCUCGUGCUAUCGUCCCACAUCUUCAACCUAUGGACGAAACUCCUAUCAAACGAGAAGAAGCAACUGUUCGUGAGGGCAAACUGGAUGCAUCACCAAUCUUCAUUAGCUCAGCUAGUGGUGGCAAAAUGGAUGCACCACCUCAAGGAGAACAGAUGGAUACCUCACCAACGAAUAUUGAAGACGAAUCUCCACCGUUGUCCCCACGAAACAUCAUGAACCUCAUGAGAGACACGGUUCAUGCUGCUGAAGUCACUCAUCAACAAUAUUUAAACCUUCGGUAA